AUGGCAUCCCUAGAACUGCACAAGGUUUCUAAAGCCCACACUAAUAUAAUCUGGGUAACCCCUGAAGUGGAAGGGAAACCCCUGUGGAUGGAAUUAGACACUGGCUCUGCUGUAUCUGUACUUCCACUUAGUAAAUUUAACACAACGUUUAAGUCAAGCAAACUCCACCCAACAACCACUGUCCUCAAAACCUACACCGGGGAGAGAAUCCAACCCGUAGGAGUCUUGAAUGUCCAAGUUAAGUAUAAAGAAGAGAUGCAGAAGCUAAAUUUGUAUGUAGUCGAAACAAAGGGGCCUGCCCUCUUUGGUCGAGACUGGCUAGAAAAGAUCACACUAGAUUGAAAGCAAUCAACACAUUGGCAACCACACCACCAGGAAAUCCAUCAACCCGAUUACAAGAGAUCCUUGAUAAGUAUAGGGAUGUUUUUGAAGAAGAUAUUGGUCUGCUAAAGACUACCAAAGCAAAGCUGACCCUGAAAGAAAACAGCCAGCCAACGUUCUGCAAAGCGAGACAAGUACCAUAUGCUCUGCGACCAAAAGUUGAGGCUGAGUUGACCAAGUUGCAGAAUGACGGCAUCUUGACCAAAGUUGAUUGGAGUGAAUGGGCAACCCCGGUUGUUCCAGUGAUAAAGAAGAAUGGCAAUGUUCGAUUGUGUGGUGAUUUCAAGCAAACCAUCAAUCCAGUCUUGCACGUUCAACAAUACCCGCUCCCAAGGAUUGAUAUUUUUGCCUCCCUCGGCGGUGGGCAAAAGUUCAGCAAGAUUGAUCUGCGACAGGCGUAUUUACAGAUGGAAAUGGAAGAAGAGUCAAAGAAAUUCCUAACAAUUAAUACCCAUAAAGGAUUAUUCCAAUACAAUCGGCUUGUAUUUGGUGUAGCAUCUGCCCCUGCAAUAUGGCAACAAGCUAUGGAUCAGAUAUUGGAAGGAAUUCCCCAUGUGCAAUGUAUCCUUGAUCGUAUCUGGUGCAACCGACCAAGACCAUCUUGACAACCUAGAAGAAGUUCUCAGUCGACUUAGUAAACAUGGUCUCAGAGCCAACAGCAGUAAGUGCGAAUUCUUCAAAGAAAGAAUCGAGUUCUGUGGUCAUGAGAUCAGCAAGCUGGGUCUGCACAAGUCCCAACAGAAAGUGCAUGCUGUGAUAAAUGCACCACGUCCCGAAAAUGUUUCCCAAGUUCGUUCCUUUGUUGGUCUUAUUAAUUAUUACCACAAUUUCCUUCCAAACCUUUCUACCUUACUUCAACCACUAAACCAGUUGCUCGAAAAAGAGAGACGGUGGAAAUGGACCUCGGAAUGUGAGCAAGCUUUUCUGAAAGCAAAGGAGUUAAUUUCAUCCGAGGAAGUCCUUGCACAUUAUGACCCUCAACGCCCAAUCAAGUUAGAAUGCGAUGCAUCUCCGUAUGG